AUGUCUUCUGUCACCUCCCCCUUGGCAUCACCCGCACUUCCACGGCGCCAGACUGCCUUGGUGGUUGCCGGGCCGGGCCAGCUUGCCCUCCACCACGAUGCGCCUCUGCCUCACCUGGCCCCUGAUAUGGCCCUUGUUCGCACUGUUGCCGUCGCUAUCAAUCCCGUCGAUGCCAAGAUGCUCGAUUACAGCCCGGCCGUGGGAGCUAUUCAUGGCUACGACUUCGCGGGGGUGGUGGUUGGACUCGGAUCCGAAGCCCCUGGUCACCUCUCGAUCGGGGACCGGGUUGCUGGGGCGGUCCAUGGUAACAACUCCCUGGAGCCGUGUGUUGGUGCCUUUGCACAGUAUGUCGGGGCGACCGCGGAGUUGCUCCUCAAGAUUCCUGACGGGAUGGCUUUCGAGGAGGCAUCCACGCUCGGCAUCGGCUUGGCUACCGCAGGUCUUGUCUUGUUCCGAGAAUUAGAGAUCCCCGUCCGCAUCGAGGAUCUGAUCGUCAGGGCGGCGGAUGCUAAAAUCUCCCCGAAUGCGGCACCGAGUGGGGCGUGGGUCCUUGUCUCUGGGGGUAGCACCGCUACUGGCACCCGGGCAAUUCAAAUGCUCAAGCUCGCAGGAUUACGGCCCAUCGCAACUUGCUCGCCGUCGAACUUCGCACUGGUCCUCGAGUUUGGAGCGGAAAAGGCGUUUGACUACCGCAGCCCGGAAUGCGCUAAAGAGAUCCGCGCUUACACGCGCAACGGCCUGGCGUACGCCAUCGACUGCGUGUCUGAGUCCGACAGCGCCCAACUCUGCUAUGGCGCAAUCGGCAGGGCUGGCGGACGGUAUUGCGGGGUAGAGCCCGUUCGCCAAGCGGUAGCAGCGACACGACCAACCAUCCGCGCUUCGUGGCUCAUGGUUCUGACCAUGUUCGGCGGUCGAGUAGCUUUGGACGGUGAGUACGCGCGAGACGCAUCUGCGGCAGAUCGGGCCCUGAGCGCGAAAAUCUUUGCCGUGACACAGAAAUUGCUGGACAACGGCCGGAUCAAAUCUCACCCAGUCAGGGUCCUAGCCGGCAAAUGGGCCGGUGUCAUCCAGGGUAUAGACAUAAUUCGUACGGGGCCAGUAUCAGGACAGAAGCUGGUCGUCCGCGUCGACGGAGACGCGUAA